AUGAUGACAGAGAAAGGAAUCCCUGUGAUUUUUUGGGCAGAAGCUGUAAGUACAACUGUGUAUCUCCAAAACAGAUGUUUUACAACAUCUGUGCUAAGCAAAACACCAUUUGAAGCAUUCACAAGAAGAAAGCCAGGAAUCAAGCAUCCGAAAGUGUUUGGUUGUAUCUGUUAUACUCAUGUUCCAUCACCCUUGAGGCAGAAGUUUGACGACAAGGCUAGAAAGGGAGUUUUUAUGGGAUAUGGAAGCUGUGAAAAGGGUUACAGAGUGUAUGACCUGCAAUCUAAGAAAAUUAUGCUCUCAAGGAGUGUAAUUUUCAAUGAGGACAAGGCAUGGAAUUGGAAGAGUGAUCAAGAGGAAUCUAUUCCAAUACCAUUCAACCUUGGAGGAAAUGAAAUAGAAACUGAAUUUGGUGAAGAACAAACUGAAACAACUCAGUUUGAUAAUGGUGGCAACUCUUACUCAAACACAACUGUUGGUGUUUCAGUAGGAAAUAACAGUCAAGCUUCUACACCUAGCUCUACUCCAGUGAAGUUGAGAACUCUGGAAGACAUAUAUGCAAGAUGCCACAUGUGUAUCAUUGAACCAGAGAACUAUCAAGAAGCAGCUGGUGAUUUAGCUUGGCAAGAAGCUAUGAAUGCUGAGUUGGAAAUGAUAGAGAAGAACAAUACCUGGGAAUUGGUUGAGAGACCAGCAGAUAAACCUGUUAUAGGUGUGAAGUGGGUGUUUAAAACCAAGCUUAAUUUGGAUGGAACAGUUAAAAAACAUAAGGCCAGACUUGUAGCAAAAGGGUAUGCACAGAAACCUGGAAUUGACUACAAUGAAACCUUUGCACCAAUUGCAAGGUUAGACACAAUUCGAACUCUCAUUGCUCUUGCAGCACAAAAAGGAUGGAAGUUGUUUCAGUUAGAUGUCAAGUCAACAUUCCUAAAUGGUGUGCUUGAUGAGGAAGCUCCUAGAGCCUGGUAUAGUGAGAUUGAUGCAUAUUUAUCUAUGUGCAAGUUCAAAAGAAGCAUUAGUGAAGCUACUCUGUACACUAGAUCUGAUAAUGAAGGAGGUUUAAUCAUUGUCUCAAUCUAUGUUGAUGACAUUGUUUGUACUGGAAACAGUGAGAGGAUGCUUGCUGAGUUUAAAAGGGAGAUGAUGCAGAGAUAUGAAAUGUCAAACCUUGGACUCCUUCAUCACUUCUUGGGCAUGGGAAUACUACAAACUGAUCAAGGGGUUUUCAUUCAUCAAAGCAAGUAUGCCAAAUCCUUGCUUGUGAAGUUUGGGCUUGAAGAUUGCAAACCAGUAUCCAUUCCAUUGCCUACUGGUGAGAGACUCAAGAAAGUGGAUGGAAGUGACUUAGCUGAUGAAGGACUCUACAGAAAGAUAGUAGGAAGCCUACUAUACUUAACAGCAACUAGACCAGAUUUGAUGUAUGCUGCCAGUUUGCUGUCAGGGUUUAUGUCUAGUCCUACAAAGAAUCAUAUGGGAGUUGCAAGAAGGGUCCUAAGAUAUGUGCAAGGAACUCUCAACUAUGGCAUUGAGUAUGUGAAGGAUAAGUCUGCAAUUCUCAUUGGAUUCUGUGAUGCAAAUUGGGCAGGCAGUGAGGAUGAUAGCAGGAGCACUUCUGGCUAUGCAUUCAGCUUUGGAAGUGGAGCAUUCUCUUGGGCCUCUGUGAAACAAAAUACAGUGGCACUAUCAAUAGCUGAAGCUGAGUAUGUCUCAGCAGCUGAGGCAACAGCAUAG